UGUCACCUGAUCCACUUGGUGGUGUUUGACUGUACUGUGCAGAUCACCAUGGCUUACGAGACAAAGCUGGAUCCGGAAGACCAUAUCUAUUUGGAACCGGAUGAGUUAAUAAAGAACCUCAAGGUCUCCACAGCAGAAGAGGCCAGUGCAAAGCUGAGAGACCAUAUUGACAACUUAGAAAAUGUCUCGCUAAAUGUGGCUAUAACAGGGAUGACUGGAGCUGGAAAGUCCACCUUCAUCAGUGCUCUAAGGGGUCUGAAUGAUGAUGAAGAAGAGUCGUCUCCAACUGGAGUAACUGAAACUACAAUGGUUCCUACAAUGUUUCCUCAUCCCAGCAUGCCAAAUGUGAAGAUUUGGGACUUGCCUGGAAUCGGUAGUCCAAAAUUUAAAGCGAAGCAAUACCUGAGAGAUGUGAAAUUUGAUACAUAUGAUUUCUUCAUCAUUCUUUCAGCUGACAGAUUCAAAGAAAAUGACCUGAUGCUGGCUGAAGAGAUCAAGAAGAAGAACAAGCCUUUUUACUUUGUUCGCUCAAAAAUAGACAAUGAUAUUCGCAGUGAGAAAAAGAAGAAGAAGUUCAAUGAACAGCAAGUGCUCUCCAAAAUCAAAGAUGACUGCAGGCGUAAUUUAAAGAAGCUUGGAGAUCCAAAAGUGUUUUUGGUGUCUUCUCAUGAAUUGGAAAAAUAUGAUUUUCAGGCACUAAUGGAUCAUCUGGAGGGAGACCUUCCAGAACACAAAAGAUAUGCCCUUGUCCAGUCUUUGCCAGUUUGCUCUCUGCAAGUGCUUGAGAAGAAGAAGCAGUACUUAAGAAGAAUGAUCUGGCUGACAGCCUUUGGAUCUGGUGCCAUUGCAAUGACUACUAUUCCAGGUCUGGCAGCAGGGUGUGACAUCGGCAUAGUGAUGGCUUUCUUCACUCGAUCCUUUCAGGCCUUUGGUCUUGAUGAGAAGUCCCUGCAGAGCCUGUCAGAGAGAGUCAACAAGCCAGUAGAUGAGCUAAAAUCAGUGAUGAAAUCCUGUUUUGCCAAUGGAAUCACUGUUGAAGUGGUUCGCACAUUUUUCUCCACAUCGAAGGUUGACAUAGCAAUGAAGGUUGAGUAUGUUUUGAGCAGCAUACCCUUAAUGGGUGCCCUACCUGCUGGAGGAAUUUCUCUGGGCACAAUAUUUCAUCUACUGAGUAAAGGACUGAAUCAGAUGGCAGAUGAUGCAAAAGCAGUGCUGAAGGUGGCAGGAUUGGAGUAAGAAGUAAAUAACUGAAGAAAGUGACAGAUGAUGUCAACAAGUCAUAACUACACAGCAUUUUAUACCAUGCUCAAUGUAUCAUUUGAUAAGAAUACAUUUUAUUUGAUGACCUUUGAUUAAUCUGGAAAUAUAGUUAAGUUUUACAGGAAAAUGGUGUGUGGUGUUAACUGCAUUAAUCACUAAUGGGGAAGUGGCAAUUUUCAUUAAGUUAUGGUUGUAAU